UCGGCGGAAUGACGCACGCGCACGGAUGCGUUCGACGAAGCGACACAAGGAAGUUCGGUAGGGGCUCGCGACGGCUGCAGAAUGUUGAUUUUGUGGGUUCCGCUCAGUUUACUACUCGGCGUGAUCGUGUCUCGCACUUGGAGCUCCAACUGGGCUUCGGAGUUCCCCAGAUCGACGCCGCCGCACAUUGUUUUCAUCCUGGUGGACGAUCAGGGCUUCCGGGACGUGGGCUACCACGGGUCCGAGAUCAAGACGCCCACCCUGGAUCGACUGGCGGCGCAGGGAGUCAAGCUGGAGAACUAUUACGUGCAGCCUCUGUGCAGCCCGUCUAGGAGCCAACUUAUGACCGGCAGGUACCAGAUCCAUACGGGGCUCCAGCACUCCAUUAUCCGAGCCACCCAACCCAACUGCCUGCCCUUGGACCACGUCACCCUGCCGCAGAAGCUGAAGCAAGCCGGCUAUUCCACGCACAUGGUGGGCAAGUGGCACCUGGGCUUCUACAAACGGGGCUGCCUGCCCACCCGCCGUGGCUUCGACAGCUUCUUCGGCUCGCUCUUGGGAAGCGGCGACUACUACAGCCACUACAAGUGCGAGGGUCCCGGCAUUUGCGGAUACGACUUGUACGAGGGCGAGGAAGCCGCCUGGGAGCAGGACCGCGGUUUGUAUUCCACGCUGAUGUAUACGCAAAAAGCCGUCAGCAUCUUGGCCAAUCACGACCCUCGGGAGCCCUUGUUCCUCUACUUAGCCUAUCAGGCGGUGCAUUCCCCGCUUCAGGUUCCGGCUCGCUACCUGGACCGCUACAAGGGGAUCGUCAAUCCCAACCGUCGAAAAUACGCGGCUAUGGUUUCCUGCCUGGACGAAGCCGUGCAUAACCUGACCCUGGCGUUGAAACGCUACCGUUACUACGACAACACGGUCAUCGUGUACUCCUCGGACAACGGCGGGCAGCCGCUAGUUGGCGGCAGCAACUGGCCCCUAAGGGGGAGCAAGGCCACACUGUGGGAAGGGGGCAUCCGGGCGGUGGGGUUCGUCCACAGUCCCUUAUUAGCAAAGAAAGGCACCAAGUGUCGGUCCUUGGUGCACAUUACCGACUGGUUUCCUACGUUGGUCGCCCUGGGCGAAGGGACUCUGGACGAGGACCUGGACCUGGACGGCUACGACGUGUGGGAAGCCAUAAGCGAGGGUCUCCCCUCGCCCCGCCAAGAUAUCCUCCACAACAUCGACCCUAUUUACGUGAAGGCCAAAAACGGCUCUUGGAAAGCGGGCCACGGCCUGUGGAACACGGCGGUGCAAGCGGCGUUGCGGGUGGGACACUGGAAGCUCCUGACGGGGGUUCCUGGGUACAGUGACUGGGUACCUCCGCAGACCUUCUCCACACAGCGGCUGAGCCUGCGCUGGCACAACGAGCGUGUCCGAUGGGACCGUGGCAAGUCCCUGUGGCUCUUCAACAUCACCUCCGACCCUUACGAGCGGGUGGAUUUAUCGCAGCGCUACCCGCACGUGGUCAAGAAGAUGCUCACGCGGCUGGUCCAGUUCAACAAAACGGCGGUGCGAGUGCGCUACCCGGCUAAAGACCUGCGUUCCAACCCGCAGUACAACGGGGGCGUGUGGGGUCCCUGGUACAAGGAGGACAUUGGGGAGCGAUACAACCAUUUGUUUAGCAACCAUCUGAGUAGCAGAGGGGAGUGAUGAGUAGUUGUCUUUGUGAAAGUUUCUCAGGGAAUUCCAGGAUUUCAACUAGGACUGGGGGAACAUUAGCUACUUAAGAACAUUUUAACAUGGAAUGUCUGAAAUACUGUAUAAAACCAAGAGAUUAAGAAAAGAGCUUUCAGAUUACUGGGAUAACGUGGGAGCUAUAAUGGAAAAACAUGCUCAUGCUAGGUGAAAAUCUGUGUUUGAAAACAAGUAAAUUUAGCAAAGUAUGAGUGAAAAGUCCUAGCAUAAUGAGAGUAAAGUAGGAAUAUUACAAGAAAAAGUUAAGCUAAGCGCUAAUGCUAGCCAUAUAGAGAAUAAAUUGGCAUGUUUACAAGUCAUGUUUUUAUAUUACAAAAAAAAAAGCAAUGGUAGUAUGAUAGCCAGUAUAAAAAAGGUUUAAAAAAAUGGAACAUUAAAAUUUGUAAUGCUUGUCAGAAAAUAUUUACGAUAGUAGAGUAAGAGUAUCAUGUAUUAUAUAAUUGUAGAGAAGUGGUUCCUAACUGGGGUUCGGUGAAGGUUAAGAAAAACAAAGCUGCAUUUUGUAUGCUAAAUCUAGACAAAGUAGCGUUUUAGACCAGGUUUUGGACUGGUUUGCCCUCAAUUCCAUCUCUUUCAAAUGCUAGCCCCUGAUCUAAUAAGAG